AUGCCGCUGCAGGACGACACCCUCCGAGAGGUGUGGGCCUCAGACAGCGGGCAUGAGGAAGAGGGCCAGAGCCCAGAGGUCCAGCAGCGCACCAAGCAGCGACAGAAGUUGAGGAAGAAGAAGACAGAAGCCCCAGAGUCCCCCUGCCCCACGGGAUCCAAGCCCCGGAGACCUGGAGCGGGACGGAGGAGGAGCCCGCGGGAGGAGCCCUCCCGGGAGCCCGCCGAGGCCAGGGAGCUGCAGACGGUCUAUGCCAAGUUCCUCAGGGACCCCGAGGCCAAGAAGCGCGACCCCCGGGAGACCUUCCUGGUAGCCCGCGCCCCAGACGCGGAGGACGGGGAUGAGGAGGAGGAAGAGGACAAGGAGGAGAAGGAAAAGAAAGAGGAAAUCCGUCUGCCACCCAAGAAGCCCCCCAAAGAGAAGGCUUCUGCAGACAUCAAGGAGAGGAAGGCCAAGGCCCAGGGUCCAAAGGAGGACCUGGGAAGCCCUGUCCCCCCACUGAAACCUCUGCGGAUUAAGAAGAAGGAGGCAUCAGCAGGGGAAGGGACCAAGAUGAGAAAGAUGAAGAAGAAAGGGUCCGGGGAGGCCGACAAGGACAGCUCAGUGAGCCCGACCAGAGUGAGGAAGAAGACGCCGGCAGCCAUGUUUCUGGUUGGGGGGGAUGACCCUGGGGAAAAAGCUCUGAAGAAGAAAGGCACUCCCAAAGGCUCAGAAGAGGAGAAGGAGGAGGAGGAGGAAGAGGUGGCAGCUGUGGUGACCAAGAACAGCAAUCAGAAGGGCAAAGCAAAAGGAAAAGGCAAAAAGGUUGGAAAGGAGGAGAGGGCCCCAUCCCCACCCGUGGAAGUGGACGAACCCCAGGAGUUCGUGCUUCGGCCUGCCCCCCAGGGCCAGACGGUCCGCUGCCGGCUGACCCGGGACAAGAAGGGCAUGGACCGGGGCCUGUAUCCCUCCUAUUUCCUGCACCUGGACACAGAGAAGAAGGUGUUCCUCCUGGCUGGCAGGAAACGGAAACGGAGCAAGACAGCCAAUUACCUCAUCUCCAGCGACCCCACCAAUCUGUCCCGAGGAGGGGAGAAUUUCAUCGGGAAGCUGAGGUCCAACCUCCUGGGGAACCGCUUUACCGUCUUUGACAACGGGCAGAACCCGCACCGCGGAGGUAGCACGGAUGUGGGGAGCCUUCGGCAGGAGCUGGCGGCUGUGAUCUAUGAAACCAACGUGCUGGGCUUCCGAGGUCCCCGGCGCAUGACGGUCAUCAUUCCCGGCAUGAAUUCGGACAAGGAGAGGGUCCCCAUUCGGCCCCGCAAUGCCAGCGACGGGCUGCUGGUGCGCUGGCAGAACAAGACACUGGAGAGCCUCAUCGAGCUGCACAACAAGCCCCCCGUCUGGAAUGAUGACAGUGGCUCCUACACCCUCAACUUCCAAGGCCGAGUCACCCAGGCCUCGGUCAAGAACUUCCAGAUUGUCCACGCCGAUGACCCCGACUACAUCGUGCUGCAGUUCGGCCGCGUGGCAGAGGACGCCUUCACCCUAGACUACCGGUACCCGCUGUGCGCCCUGCAGGCCUUCGCCAUUGCCCUCUCCAGUUUCGACGGGAAGCUGGCCUGCGAGUGACCCUAGUUGUCCUCAGCGCCCGCCAGGGUUGGGGAAAGGAUUCAGUUUGGAGGCUUUAACGGUCCCUUCACCAGAGUCCCCACUGAAGACUCCUCCCUUGUCGGGGGCUGACCCCUCUGUCUCCGGGUGACCUCCAUCCACUGCCCAGCCUGGCACAGGCCGAGGCAGGGGAGGAGCUCACACGGCGGGUCGGACGGAGAUGAAGAACAUCUGGAGUUGGAGCCGCACAUCUGGUCGCGGA